AUGGCGACUAUCAAUAUUAGACGUGAUGUUAAGGAUAGCUUUUAUCGUUACCAAAUGCCCAAGCUGCAAUCUAAAAUUGAAGGCAAAGGUAACGGUAUUAAAACGGUCAUUCCUAAUAUGACUGAUAUAGCCAAAGCUUUGGGGAGACCUCCUUUGUAUCUAACCAAGUUUUUUGGUUUUGAACUUGGAGCCCAGACUACCAUUGUCGCUGAUAUGGAUCGUUACAUCGUUAACGGAGCACACGAUGCUACUAAGCUUCAAGAUUUGUUAGAUGUUUUUAUUCGUCGUUUCGUUUUAUGUGCUUCUUGCCUAAAUCCAGAAACGGAAUUGAGCAUUAAUAAGAAGGAUCAAACCAUCACUUAUGACUGCAAAGCUUGUGGUUAUCGUGGAGAGAUCGACGGCAGACACAAGCUUACGGGUGUUAUCGUAAAAAAUCCACCUGCUAAAAAGUCUCAUAAACACAAAAAGGCUUCCCAUCAUGGCGAGGAAGACGAUGUUGCCGAAGAUGAGCUUACUCGUCGUAUUCGUAAGGAAGCUGCUGAAUUGCCCACUGCCGAAACAAUCAACGAGGAAGACUGGACUGUCGAUAUAAGUGAGGAAGCUGUGCGUGCUCGUGUUCAAGAAUUGGAAGGUAAUAUUGAAAAUGUGCUCACUUUGAAUGAUUCACGUGGAGAGGAUGAUGAAGCCGAUGCUCGUUAUGAUGAAUUUGGUCAAUGGUUGGAGUUACGACUUCCCAUGUCCGACGUAGACAUUUACAAAAAAAUGAAGGAAGAAAACAUUCAUCAUAAGAGCAAGGCAAUUGCUGUUUUGGUUCAACGUAUUAUUCGCCCUCCCUUCUUAGGCCAGUUUGAAAAACAUGCUGCUCUUUUCAAAAAGCUUUGCAAUACUGAUAAACAUGAGCGGGCAAUGUUAGGAGGUUACGAACGUCUCAUUGAGUCGACUAAGCUUCAACAUUUGGACUCUGUUUCCAAGGUUUUGUUGGAAAUUUAUGAAAAUGACUUGGUUUCUGAAGGAACGUUAAAAAAAUGGGGCGCCAAACCUAGCAAGAAGUACGUCAGCCGUGAAACAAGUAAGAAGAUACAGGAUUCCGCUCGUCCUUUUUUGAAUUGGCUUGCUGAAGCCAGCGAUGAAUCUGAGAGUGAAGACGAGUAA